AGACAGACCCAACCCCAACCGCAACCAAGCCAGCAUCAAAUAGAGCGAAACAACAGGAAAACUAAGCCAAAGCCAAAGCCAAGCCAACCUGUUCCCGUUCCGUUCCUCCCACCCCCGCUCAACCCGCCUCCCUCCCCGCGCCUCCGCCCGUCCCCAUGGCGGCCACCCCGCCGUCGUCGCGGGACCCGUCGCCGCAGCCCCGCCGGCCGGCCGCCGCCGCGGGCCGGCCCGCCGCCAGCGGCACCGGCACCAUAGGCAACGGCAAGCGCGGCGGGCUCCUGCUCGGCCGCUACGAGCUGGGCCGCGUCCUCGGCCACGGCACCUUCGCCAAGGUCUACCACGCCCGCCACGCCGACACGGGCGAGACGGUCGCCAUCAAGGUGCUCGACAAGGAGAAGGCGCUGCGGGCGGGCCUCGUCCCGCACAUCAAGCGCGAGAUCACCAUCCUCCGCCGCGUCCGCCACCCCAACAUCGUGCGCCUCUUCGAGGUCAUGGCCACCAAGUCCAAGAUCUACUUCGUCAUGGAGUUCGUCCGCGGCGGCGAGCUCUUCGCGCGCGUCGCCAAGGGCCGCCUCAAGGAGGACACCGCGCGCCGCUACUUCCAGCAGCUCAUCUCCGCCGUCGGCUUCUGCCACGCGCGCGGCGUCUUCCACCGCGACCUCAAGCCCGAGAACCUCCUCGUCGACGAGCGCGGGGACCUCAAGGUCUCCGACUUCGGCCUCUCCGCCGUCGCCGACCAGUUCCACCCCGACGGCCUCCUCCACACCUUCUGCGGCACCCCCUCCUACGUCGCGCCGGAGAUGCUCGCGCGCCGCGGAUACGACGGCGCCAAGGCUGACAUAUGGUCCUGCGGCGUCAUCCUCUUCGUCCUCAUGGCCGGCUACCUCCCUUUCCAUGACCAGAACCUCAUGGCCAUGUACCGCAAGAUUUACAGAGGGGAGUUCCGGUGUCCGAGAUGGUUCUCCAGAGAUCUCACCAGCCUAUUGAAUCGGCUUCUUGACACCAACCCGGAGACAAGGAUCACCAUGGCGGAAGUCAUGCAGAGCAGGUGGUUUCAGAAGGGAUUUCGGCCCGUCAGGUUCUAUGUUGAAGACGAUCAGCUGCACAGCUUAGGGGACAGUGAGAGUGAGGAGCUGGGGCUGGUCGAACCUACGGAGCCUCCUCCUCCUCCUCCACUUCCGCCGCCGCUGCCGCCACCACCGCAGCAAGAGGAUGAUGACUCAGGGUGGGAGUCGGAUUCCUCUGUCGCAUCCUGCCCUGCCACGCUGUCGUGCGAGGAGCGGCAACGGCCUGCCGGGCGUCUCACACGGCCAGCAAGCCUCAACGCUUUCGAUAUCAUAUCCUUCUCCAAGGGAUUUGAUCUAUCAGGGCUGUUCGAGGAGCGAGGGAGCGAAGUGAGAUUCAUCUCGGCACAACCCAUGGAAACCAUUGUUACAAAAUUGGAGGAGAUUGCCAAGAUGAAGAGCUUCUCCAUUCGCCGCAAGGACUGGCGCGUAAGCAUAGAAGGCACCAGGGAAGGGGAGAAGGGGCCAUUGACGAUUGGGGCUGAGAUAUUUGAGCUUACACCAAGCCUCUUGGUGUUGGAGGUGAAGAAGAAGGCAGGGGAUAAGGCAGAGUAUGAUGACUUCUGCAACAAAGAGUUGAAACCUGGGAUGGAGCCUCUCGUGCACCACCAAUCUGGUUCGGCUCGAAAUGUACCUUCUGAUACUGAGUAGUUCUAAAGAAACCGACCAGAAGCGAAGGGCUGCAAACAAUUCAAUUCCUGUUCCUGCAAAGUCACAAACAUAUUGCUAUUCAGAAAGAGGUGCGGUAAGUUGCUUGUAUAUUCUAAUAAUCGUCUAUUAGUUCCAAAUCUGUUGGUCCAGAAAAAGGAAAGACAAACUGAAGCUUAGUGCCUAUUGUUUUUUGCUUGCAAGCAUUGCAAAUGAAGAGGACCAAUGGUUCUGUGCUCCUGUAUAGUCGUGUAUGCGAGAAUGGGUAAGACACUUACCAUGUACCAUGAUUCAGGAGUUGGGAUGGGACGAUAUGACAGGAGGGGCAGGGAGGAUUGUGUGUAGGUUGGAGGAUGGUCAAUGUAGGCCACUGGGGCUUAAGAUUGGACACUGCUAUAUGAAUAAAGUUAGAUCAGGCAUCA